UGCUUCGGUGGCACCGCAGCGCCAGGAAAGCCCCACAGCAGCGCAGCACAGGAGCACCCAGCGCCCGGGAUUUGCAUGCUGGUGAUUAAGACAAUGAGGCAAUCAGCACUGUUGCCACAUCAGUGUGAAUCCCCACAGCCCUCUAUAAAAUGCCCCGAUCGAUGAGGGCGCGCAGAGCGGGGCAGGGCGCUGUGCCGGGCCGGGCUGUGCUGCAGGAGGAGACACAGAGCCAGACACCAUGUGCUGCCUCACCCAUGUGCUGGCGCUGGCGCUGGUGCUGGGCGCUUCGUGGCAGGCGCUGCAUGGAGCUCCGCUGGCCGAGCUCUCGGGGGACCACGACUUCCAGCUCUUCCUGCACAAGAACCUGGAGUUCACCCGCAAGAUCAGGGGGGACGUGGCUGCACUGCAGCGCGCGGUGUGUGACACCUUCCAGCUGUGCACGGAGGAAGAGCUGCAGCUGGUGCAGCCGGAGCCUCCCCUCACGCAGGCACCGCUGGAUCAGUGCCACAAGCGCGGCUUCCAGGCGGAGGCGUGCUUCAGCCAGAUCCGCGCCGGGCUGCACGCGUACCAGGGCUCGCUGGGAGCCGUCCUGCAGCUGCUGCCCGAACACACGGCGCUGGUGGAGACGCUGCAGUUGGACGCCGCCAACCUCUCCACCAACAUCCAGCAGCAGAUGGAGGACCUGGGCCUGGACACGGUGACGCUCCCGGCCGAGCACCGCAGCCCCCCGCCCGCUUUCUCCACCGACUUCCAGCGGCAGGUCGGAGGAUUCUUCAUCCUGGCCAACUUCCAGCGCUUCCUGGAGACGGCGUACCGAGCGCUGCGGCACCUCGCCCGCCUCUGACGCCCGCCGCUGCCCCA